AUGAUAAACACCAUUCUGAAGAUGCUGUUGGGGAAGUACUUUGAACCAUGCGACAAGAAUUUCCUAACCAUGAAUAUGAAUGCAGGAAUUGAAAUUAGAAACAUCAUAAUAAAGAACGACGAAAUUAAUCACUUCUUAAAGAGUAAAAACAUAGACGUAGAAAUAGUAUACUUAAAAAUUGAAAAAAUUUAUAUCAGUUUCGUAACUCUGUCAGGCAUGCUAACUGUAAAAUGA